CCUUGGGUUUAAAAGAAGGGAAAAAAAAGGGGGGUGGGGGGAGAGAAAGAAAAGUUUUUUCGCUGCAGGAGCAGGCAGGGGCCGGGAGUGAGCGCGGCGGAGCCCCCGACAGCCCUCCGCCCGCCCUAUGGCUUUAUAAAGCGGCUGCUCUCCGGGGGGGGCUGGCGGGGGGGUCUGAGCGGCUUUUCUUCGCUUGUAUAUAUUUUUUUUUUUGUCUCAUCCUUUCCCCUCCCCGAGCUGUCCCGAGUUGGUGCCCCGUUUUUUGUGGACCAUGGAUACGCACACGCGGUGGAAAAGGCGCACUUGGAUACGGAGCUGGUCGGUACCCGCUGCCCUGGUGCUGCUGGGUGCCCUGUCCCUCGGCCGGGCAGCUGAACCUGCAGACCUCUUGAAGGUAUUAGAUUUUCAUAAUUUACCUGAUGGUAUAACAAAAACAACAGGGUUUUGCACAAGCAGAAGAUCUUCAAAAGAAGCAGAUGUUGCUUAUAGAGUAACAAAAGAUGCUCAGCUCAGUGCACCGACAAAGCAGCUAUAUCCUGCUUCCCCAUUCCCAGAGGACUUCUCCAUUCUAACCACUGUAAAAGCGAAGAAAGGAGGUCAGUCCUUCUUGAUCUCAAUUUACAAUGAGCAAGGGAUCCAGCAAAUUGGUGUGGAGAUGGGUAGAUCUCCUGUAUUCCUGUAUGAAGACCAUACAGGAAAGCCAGGCCCAGAAGACUAUCCUCUCUUUAGAGGCAUUAACCUAGCAGAUGGCAAGUGGCACCGAAUAGCUAUCAGUGUGCAGAAGAAAAAUGUCACCUUGAUUUUGGACUGUAAAAAGAAGAUAACCAAGUUCUUGGACCGAAGUGACCAUCCCAUCAUUGACGUCAACGGCAUCAUUGUAUUUGGAACAAGGAUAUUGGAUGAGGAAGUCUUUGAGGGUGACAUCCAGCAGCUCCUGAUCGUGGCAGACCCCCGAGCAGCCCAUGAUUACUGUGAACACUACAGCCCCGACUGCGACACCGCCAUCCCCGACUCCCCCCAGUCCCAGGACCCCAACCAGGAUGAAUACUACACCGACGGGGAGGGAGAAGGUGACACCUACUACUAUGAGUACCCCUACUACGAAGAUGUUGAUGAAGCUGUAAAACCAGAAGCACCCACCACCAAACCCGGCACUCCCGAAGUGGCUGCUGGAGAGACACCUGAAAGCAAGCAGGACUAUCCUGCCCCCACGCCAUCACCUGAUGGAGGGGACCCCAGCAAGCAGACGAAGGAGGACGCUGCGGUGGAUGAUCCCCUCGUGGAUGAGUACAACUAUGAAACCAUCAACGAAGAGUACUUCACGCCUCUCCCCUACGAAGAUGUCAACUAUAAUGAAGAAGUGGACCCCCAGGGCGGACUCACUGAAAAUGCUGUGGAAGCUGAACUCCCCACGAGUACCGUCAUCACCUACAAUGAGACCGAUGCUGCUCAAGGAGGAGAGGAUCUGGAUAAAGAUUUCACCGAGGAAACAAUAAAAGAAUAUGAUGGGAAUUAUUAUGAUAACUAUUAUGACCGAACAGUCUCUCCUGAUAUUGGCCCCGGCAUGCCUGCUAACCAGGACACCGUCUACGAAGGGAUUGGCGGCCCACGGGGUGAGAAAGGACAGAAGGGGGAGCCUGCAAUUAUUGAGCCGGGUAUGCUGGUGGAAGGCCCACCUGGUCCUGAAGGCCCUGCAGGCCUUCCAGGACCUCCAGGACCAACUGGACCCGUGGGCUUAAUGGGUGACCCUGGGGAGAGAGGUCCACCUGGUCGCCCAGGUCUUCCAGGAGCAGAUGGUUUACCAGGACCACCAGGGACAAUGCUUAUGUUGCCUUUCCGCUUCAGUGGAGGAGGAGAUGCUGGCUCUAAAGGACCUCUCGUUUCAGCCCAGGAGGCUCAAGCCCAAGCCAUCCUGCAGCAGGCCAGGCUGGCGCUGAGGGGACCAGCGGGUCCGAUGGGUCUGACGGGGCGGCCGGGCCCCAUGGGACCCCCAGGCAGUGGAGGACUGAAGGGAGAAGCUGGAGACAUGGGACCUCAGGGUCCACGAGGCAUCCAGGGUCCUCCUGGUCCGGCAGGAAAACCAGGCCGCAGGGGACGAGCUGGCAGUGAUGGUGCCCGGGGAAUGCCAGGCCAGACAGGACCAAAGGGCGACCGAGGGUUUGAUGGCUUGGCUGGUUUGCCUGGUGAGAAGGGAAAUAGAGGUGAGCCAGGCCCCCAUGGACCCCCUGGGGCACCUGGAGAGGAUGGGGAGAGGGGAGAUGAUGGAGAAGUUGGACCCAGAGGUCUACCUGGAGAACCUGGACCUCGAGGACUGCUGGGACCGAAGGGGCCGCCGGGACCCCCGGGGCCACCGGGUGUGGCUGGUAUGGAUGGACAAACAGGUCCCAAGGGGAAUGUGGGUCCUCAAGGUGAGCCGGGUCCCCCAGGACAGCAGGGUAACCCAGGUGCUCAGGGUCUUCCAGGUCCACAAGGCGCCAUCGGUCCCCCAGGAGAGAAAGGGCCGUUGGGCAAACCCGGUCUUCCUGGCAUGCCUGGUGCAGAUGGUCCUCCGGGUCAUCCUGGCAAGGAAGGUCCUCCUGGAGAGAAGGGGAGUCAGGGUCCACCAGGUCCUCAGGGCCCCAUCGGUUAUCCAGGACCACGUGGAGUCAAGGGAGCAGAUGGUGUUCGUGGAUUGAAAGGCACCAAAGGUGAAAAGGGUGAAGAUGGCUUCCCUGGCUUCAAAGGUGAUAUGGGCAUCAAAGGAGACCGGGGAGAAAUUGGACCUCCUGGCCCCCGGGGUGAGGAUGGUCCUGAAGGUCCCAAAGGUCGCUCUGGCCCCAAUGGAGAUCCCGGUCCUCUUGGUCCUGCUGGAGAGAAGGGAAAACUCGGCGUGCCAGGACUGCCCGGCUACCCGGGCAGGCAGGGCCCAAAGGGCUCGAUCGGCUUCCCAGGAUUUCCAGGAGCCAACGGAGAGAAGGGCACACGGGGGACACCUGGCAAACCAGGUCCAAGGGGGCAACGCGGUCCAACGGGUCCACGUGGGGAAAGAGGCCCUAGGGGAAGCACUGGGAAACCCGGCCCAAAGGGCAACUCUGGUGGUGAUGGUCCCCCUGGUCCUCCCGGCGAAAGGGGACCACCAGGGCCUCAAGGACCAACUGGAUUUCCUGGACCAAAAGGCCCCCCUGGUCCUCCUGGGAAGGAUGGAUUGCCUGGUCACCCCGGACAGAGAGGAGAAACUGGUUUCCAAGGCAAGACCGGCCCUCCAGGACCCCCCGGUGUUGUAGGCCCUCAGGGUCCGACUGGUGAGACUGGGCCAAUGGGUGAACGAGGACAUCCAGGCCCUCCAGGUCCCCCAGGUGAACAAGGUCUUCCUGGCCUCACUGGAAAAGAAGGGACCAAGGGUGACCCUGGUCCUGCUGGCCUCCCAGGGAAGGACGGUCCCCCGGGCUUGCGAGGCUUCCCCGGAGAGAGAGGUCUCCCUGGCCCCAUUGGCGCUCCAGGGCUGAAAGGCAACGAAGGUCCCCCAGGCCCCCCAGGCCCAGCAGGCUCUCCCGGCGAGCGCGGUCCCGCGGGAUCAGCUGGCCCAAUAGGCUUGCCAGGGCGACCUGGCCCCCAGGGACCUCCGGGACCCGCAGGUGAAAAGGGAGCUCCAGGAGAGAAGGGUCCUCAAGGACCGGCUGGCCGGGACGGCAUCCAGGGCCCGGUGGGACUGCCAGGUCCAGCAGGUCCUGUCGGCCCCCCCGGCGAGGACGGAGACAAGGGUGAGAUCGGGGAGCCUGGCCAGAAGGGCAGCAAGGGCGACAAAGGGGAGCAGGGUCCACCAGGUCCUACUGGCCCGCAGGGUCCAAUCGGUCAGCCUGGCCCAGCUGGUGCCGAUGGAGAGCCAGGUCCCAGAGGACAGCAAGGUCUCUUUGGUCAGAAAGGUGAUGAAGGACCUCGAGGUUUCCCUGGUCCCCCAGGCCCAGUGGGUUUGCAGGGCUUGCCUGGACCACCUGGUGAGAAGGGAGAAACGGGUGACGUUGGGCAAAUGGGCCCGCCAGGCCCACCUGGACCCAGAGGUCCAUCUGGACCACCAGGAGCAGAUGGUCCACAGGGUCCUCCCGGGGGAAUAGGAAAUCCUGGUGCAGUGGGAGAGAAGGGUGAACCUGGUGAAUCUGGUGAGCCUGGUCUUCCUGGCGAGGUCGGCCUGCCGGGUCCUAAAGGUGAAAGAGGUGAAAAGGGUGAAGCAGGUCCCUCUGGUGCUGCUGGUCCACCUGGCCCCAAAGGUCCACCAGGAGAUGACGGUCCCAAAGGAAGCCCUGGUCCAGUCGGUUUCCCUGGUGACCCUGGUCCUCCUGGAGAACCUGGUCCAGCUGGUCAAGACGGUCCUCCUGGUGACAAAGGUGAUGAUGGCGAACCCGGACAGACUGGUUCCCCUGGUCCCACGGGAGAGCCAGGCCCCUCCGGACCCCCAGGAAAAAGGGGCCCUCCUGGUCCAGCUGGUCCCGAAGGAAGACAAGGAGAGAAAGGAGCCAAGGGUGAAGCUGGUUUGGAAGGACCUCCUGGGAAGACUGGCCCAAUUGGUCCCCAAGGUGCUCCAGGGAAGCCUGGCCCUGAUGGCCUUCGAGGGAUUCCUGGUCCAGUCGGUGAACAAGGUCUCCCGGGAUCCCCUGGCCCAGAUGGUCCUCCAGGCCCAAUGGGCCCACCGGGUUUGCCUGGUCUUAAAGGAGACUCUGGUCCUAAAGGGGAGAAGGGUCAUCCAGGUUUAAUUGGUCUUAUUGGACCGCCAGGAGAACAGGGAGAAAAGGGAGACAGAGGCCUCCCAGGCCCCCAAGGCUCAGCAGGACCCAAAGGAGAGCAGGGUAUCACAGGUCCUUCUGGACCAAUUGGACCUCCAGGGCCACCAGGAUUACCGGGUCCACCUGGUCCCAAAGGUGCUAAAGGAUCAUCAGGUCCAACAGGUCCAAAGGGUGAAUCGGGUCUUCCUGGGCCCCCAGGGCCUCCUGGUCCUCCUGGAGAAGUCAUCCAGCCGCUGCCCAUCCAGUCUUCCAAGAGGACCAGGCGAAACAUUGACGCCAGCCAGCUGGUGGACGAUGGAAAUGCCGACAACUACAUGGACUAUGCAGAUGGCAUGGAGGAAAUUUUUGGCUCGCUGAAUUCCUUGAAACUGGAAAUUGAGCAAAUGAAGCAUCCAUUGGGCACUCAACAUAACCCAGCGCGUACCUGCAAGGACCUGCAGCUCUGUCACCCCGAUUUCCCAGACGGUGAAUACUGGGUUGAUCCUAACCAAGGAUGUUCCAGGGACUCUUUCAAAGUUUACUGUAAUUUCACAGCUGGUGGAGAGACUUGCAUCUUCCCUGAUAAGAAAUCUGAAGGAAGUAAAAUGGCUCGUUGGCCCAAAGAACAGCCUUCCACAUGGUAUAGUCAAUACAAGCGGGGGUCUUUGCUCUCCUACGUGGAUUCAGACGGGAACCCCAUCGGAGUGGUGCAGAUGACUUUCCUCCGGCUCCUGAGUGCUUCAGCCCACCAGAACAUCACCUACAACUGCUACCAGUCCGUAGCCUGGCACGACGCCACCACCGACAGCUACGACAAGGCCAUCCGCUUCCUGGGCUCCAACGACGAGGAGAUGUCCUACGACAACAACCCCUACAUCCGAGCCGCCCUCGACGGCUGCGCGGCAAAGAAGGGCUAUCAGAAGACUAUCUUGGAAAUCAACACGCCCAAAGUAGAGCAAGUACCUAUAGUCGACAUCAUGUUCAAUGACUUCGGAGAAGCGUCACAGAAAUUUGGAUUCGAGGUGGGACCAGCUUGCUUCAUGGGCUAAGAGCCACCUGAAAACUAGUCUCCAAAUGAGCAACCUCGUAACCUCAUUGCGCCAUUUAAUUAAUUAAAAAAAAAAAAAAAAAAAAAAGAAAAAAGAAAAAAAUAAUUCCUUGUCACAUGCACGUUCUGAAACUGGACAGCGAUGGGUUAUUUUUUUCCGUUUUGUUUUGUUCCUCGUUUUGCCCGAGUUCCUCUGUGCCACCGCACCCACACGUACCGAACCGCCGACCGAGAGGACCGUUCCCACGACAGACGCAGAAUCGCAUGACCGACCGCCGCACGCGUGGCCCGGAGACCUGUCCCCACGCCACCGCUGCUCCCACCGCUGCUGCUCCCCGGCCACCCAGCAGACCCCACCGCCAUCAAAGAUCUCUUCUUCUUCUUCUUCUUCUUCUUCUUCUUCUUCUUCUUCUCCUCGCCGCGAAGCAAUACCAAGCGCUUGUCUGUAGAUUGUUGUUUGUUUGUUUGUUUCUAAGGGAAAAUGGAAAAAACUUGAAACUCCUGUGUUCAGCUUGACGUUGAAGUCCCGGCAGUCCUGGCUCCAAUCCAAACCCUGCCGAAGCUCAUCAGAGGCAUUUCGUUGACUUCCAAGAGAUUUGGAUCGACUCUAGCAAGUAGACGUCAUGGCCAUUUCCAGAAUUCUAGUAUCUCCAUUGAAUCACGUUACUCUACAUUUUACAAAAUUUAACCCAUGAAUUUGAUAGCUAAGUCACACUGGGCAUCUCUUUCCCACGUAUUAAAGGUGCUUAUAUUUUUGUAUGUUUGUAAGUAAAUAUUUGUAUUGUACAUUAUUUUAAAUGUUUAAAUGUUUCUGGCUUCAAAACAUGCAUGUGACCCUGUCUGUAUGAAAACCACCACCCUUCCCACCAUCCCAGCCAAGCAUCCACCUGGGAAUGAAGACGGCAGCUCACGGCCCCACCGCUCCUGCCUCUUCCCCCCCCCCAAGCCUGGAUCUGGAAGGGCUUGGAGUUACACCCAGGCACGAGCCUUUGCAGGAUGAGGGCCCAAUGCGUGGCAAACCAGCCCUCCAAGCCACAGCUGCCUUUUGGAACGAUUCGCUUCAAAAGAAAGAAAUUAAAGCCACUUUUUAACGAGAUUUCUCCAAAACGUUGACCUAAAAGCAGGAUCUGCUUUGAGUCUCUGCCUUUUUAUACACUUGCUUACCUUAACAUACAUGUUUUAAAUUAAUUCUUCUUUUUUUCCUUCAGCAUUCUUUUAAAAUAAUAAUAAUUAAAAUAAUCCAUUCCCAGCAGCAGAUUGCAGUGGCAGGGGAAAUCCAUUUGUCUUCUCUGAAUAUAAAGUGUAAGAAAAAAAGGAAAAAAAAAAAAAAGGUGCUUUUUAUUUUUACAUGUCUCUAUGGUGCUAUCUAUUUGAAUAACUUUAAUACAACACUGGUGAUACCCUGCCAUUGGCCAAUCUCCCACCAGCCUUUGCUUUUUAGCCACUUUCAACACAGACUGCAGGCUUUUGCUACAGUCUUUGAUUAUAAAUGCAUGCCGCCUUCAUAUUUGUUAUGUAGAAGACCCGCUCCUUUCCUUAAUCGUAUUGCAGUAGCUUAUACAGUCCAUGUAGAAAAACUAUUAAGUGUGCUUCCAUCUUUUUAAUUUUUUUUUUUUUUUUUCACCCCCCUCAAGAAUAUUCAUGCAUUUUGUACGGUGGUAACCAUACCAGAUUGUACUCAGUCGCUGAAUGUUUGUGGUGCUAAUUUAUGUAUUUGCUGGAUGUCCUGACGUGAUGCUGAAGCCGUGGGGGUGCCUGCCCGCCGAGCGCUCCCGGGAGUCUGCAGUUUUCUUGGUCUUCCCACAGUGGCUCUGCCAGGAUGGCUUCUUUUUUUUUUUUUUUUUUUUUUUUUUUUUUUCAUGCAGCGUUUUCAGCUCGCAACCUGCUGACACCAUCUUCUUUUUCUGUUUGUUUGUUUGUUUGUUUUCUCCCUGGCCGUUUUCCUUGUUUAGAUCUCUCAGCUGGAAAAUAGAUGUUGCAGGGUGUAAUUUUUUAUUAUUAUUUGGCCUGGAGUAUUACAGCAACGCUUGAGCCAAGGGGGGUCUUUCACCAUAAAGGAAAAGAUAUCACAUUUACUGUGAAGAAAAGCCUAUAUAUGAUGUCUUUUCCCCCCUCCUUCCCAAGCAGAAAGCAGCAGCAGCCAAGGAAGGGAGGCGAAGCCAUGCUGGAGGCAGCGGCGAUGCCGCACGGUGCUUUUCGGUUUGGGAGAGCCGUGUCCAUCCAUCUCCCUUCUUCUGUUGUGUUCUCUCAAAUUUUUUUUUUUCCAACUUGUGGGGAAAAAAAAAAAAAAAAAAAGGUGCUACCUUAAAAACUGCAGACUCCGGCAGCAAAGCAGUGAAAAGGAGGAUAUAAUAAUAUAUAGGAGAAUUCAGCUUCUCAGUCACCUUGGCAAGAGCCUUGUUCAGGAACAGUGGGAAGGUCAGAAAAGGUUGCACAUUCCUCUGCAACAGAAAAGCCAUAUAUUGAUGUAUGUACACACGUGUGCAUCUGUCUAGGUCAUGUGAUUCUGUUAUAAAUUUUCAUCAAGGGAGCUUUUUUCUUUUAUUUUUCCUUUUAUUUCUCUGCUUUAAGAAAAAAAAAAAAAAUUCCUCUGUUGAAUUCCACAGUGUUGUAAUUGUACUGAGCUCCAAACUGUUCCAAUUUCCCCAGACCACUUAGCUACGGUAUAUUGCAAUAAAAUUACUACUUGUAUUUGCA